AUGAUGAGGUGGGCUGUUGUUCUCUGUGCCCUGAUCGCACUCUCCGAGUGCCUGCACAAGAUCCCGCUGAUUAAGGGUAAGAGUGCCAGGGAGCGUCUGGAGGAGUUGGGUCUAUGGGAAGAAUACAGGCUAAAGCACCACUACAACCCUUUUGCCAAGUUUGAUUCAAAGCUUGCUGUUGCCAGCGAGCCCAUGACCAAUGAUGCUGAUCUUUCUUACUACGGUGAGAUCUCCAUUGGCACCCCUGGCCAAGCUUUCAGUGUGAUCAUGGAUACUGGGUCCUCCAACCUGUGGGUCCCAUCUGUCUACUGUUCCAGUCCAGCUUGCACCAAUCACAGGAAGUAUAACCCAGGCUCGUCCUCCAGUUUCAAAUGGGAUGGGAGAAGCCUCUCUAUCCAAUAUGGAACUGGUAGCAUGACUGGUGUUCUCGGAUAUGACACGGUGGAGGUUGCUGGCAUUGCGGACAAAAACCAAAUCUUUGGACUGAGCAAGACUGAAGCCGACUUCAUGCAACACAUGGUAGCUGAUGGUAUUCUGGGGUUGGCCUACCCCAGCAUUGCCGCCUCUGAUGCCACCCCAGUCUUUGAUAAUAUGAUGAGCCAGGGUUUGCUGGAUCAAGAUCUUUUCUCUGUCUACCUGACCGGCAAUUCUCAGGAGGGUAGUGUACUGAUAUUGGGUGGAUAUGAAACAACCUACUACACUGGUUCAGUUGUCUGGAUUCCCCUGUCCUCUACGAGCUACUGGCAGAUUAGCAUGGAAAGUGUUACCAUCAACGGAAAUACUGUGGCUUGUAGUGGUGGCUGUCAGGCAAUUGUGGACACUGGUACCUCCCUGAUCGCCGGUCCCUCCGCCGAUAUUGCAAACAUCAAUCAGUGGGUUGGAGCCACUGUGAACAAUGGAGACGCUGUUGUGGACUGUAACAACAUCCAAAGCAUGCCUGUGUUGAGCUUCAAUAUCAAUGGAUACUCCUUCACCCUCCCACCUUCUGCCUAUGUCAGUCAGUCACAAUAUUACGGUUGCCGCACUGGUUUUAGUGGAGGCGAUUCAAAUCUCUGGAUCCUGGGCGAUGUUUUCAUCAGAGAGUACUACUCUGUCUUUGACAGAACCAAUAACAUGGUGGGUCUGGCUAAAUCUGUUUAA